AGCCAGCCUACAUGAAGUGCUGUCAAGAUGGCAACCGUCUUGACAAGAAACAAAACAAAGAUCAGUAAAUACGGCACGACGGAGGAGACGACUUCGCUUCUGGCCAUCGAUGUCGCGCCGCUGGGUGCACCCAUAGACGAGAAGCGGUUUUGGUUCCAGCGAAGGCGCAACUAUGACCCAGAUGCCAUCGCAACCCAAGCGAGCGUGUUCGAUGACCCCGACACGGCGGACCGCUACGAACCCCACCCCGAAUGGGAGAACAUUCAUCGGUUUGACCCGUCGGCUCGGUGGUCAUGGGGAGAGGAGCACAGCCUCGUUCGCAAGAUCGACUGGCGUAUCAUGGUCUGGGCUUGCAUCAUGUUCAUGGCACUCGAGCUGGACCGCGCAAACAUCCAGCAGGCUCUGACGGACAACUUCCUGGGCGAUCUGGGCAUGACCACGAAUGACAGAUGGAUCCCGGCGCAAAUGGUUCUCUGGAGCUUGAUUGCGAGCACUCAAUUCUGGCUGUCUGGCCGGCAUUCGUUCUUGAUAUUCAGGGCCCUGUUGGGAAUGCUGCAAGGCGGUUUCAUUCCUGAUGUCAUCCUGUAUCUCUCCUAUUUCUACAAACACCAUGAGCUCUCGCUCCGACUUGGCUUCUUCUGGACGGCCAUGAGCCUCGCAGACAUAUUUUCGGCCCUUUUUGCGUCGGGCAUCCUACAUAUGCGGGGCGUGAACGGUCAGGCUGGAUGGCGAUGGCUGUUCCUUAUCGAAGGCCUCAUUACCUUCGUGGCCGGGGUAUUCGGCUUUCUCCUGAUGCCGGCCGGCCCGUGUCAGACAGCGAGCUGGUUUCGCGGAAAACAGGGCUGGUUCUCCAAGAGGGUUCUGCGAGAAGACCCGGGCAAGAGUGGAAUGCAUAAUCGCGAAGCCAUCACGCCUCAGCUCCUCUGGAACAGCCUUAAAGAUUUUGAUCUCUGGCCCAUCUACCUCAUCGGCCUGACGUUCGAAAUCCCAAUGGGUCCACCGAAGCUCUACCUGACCCUGACACUGCGCAGUCUGGGCUUCGAUACCUUCCAGUCCAACCUCCUCAGCAUCCCCUACACCAUUGGCCAUAUGAUCAUGAUGCUGGGCCUCACCUACAUCGGCGAGAUUUUCAAAGAGCUCUCCUUCGUGUCUAUGAUCGGCCAAGUCUGGGCCCUGCCGCUACUCAUCUUCCUCAACAUCGUCAACACCGACGAGAUCAACAGGUGGCUCUUCUAUUUCGUCAUCAUCCUCUUGUUGAUGUAUCCCAACCCCCAUCCGAUCCAAGUAGGCUGGAACUCGCGCAACUCGGGCUCAGUCCGGUCCAGAACAGUCUCAGCGGCGUGCUACAACAUGUUUGUGCAAGGCAGCGGGAUCAUUUCGUCAAACAUCUACAGAGAAGACGAUGCACCGCUGUACAAGCGCGGCAACCGUUGGCUUCUGGCGAUUGCGUGCGGAAAUAUCGCGCUCUACCUAUCCGUCAAGGCGUACUACGUAUGGCGAAACAAGCAACGCGACAGGAGGUGGAGCGCGAUGACUGAGGAUGAAAGGCUCGAUUAUCUCUCGACAACAACGGAUGAGGGCAACAAGAGACUGGACUUCCGAUUCGCGCAUUAG